CGCGGAUUCGUACUUGGUUUAUUUAAAGAUGUGUAUAGUAAUUCUAACUUCUGCUUCAUUUCAGUUUUCGCAAAGAUUUGUUUGUCAGAAUACAACUUUGGUUGCGUCAUCACUCCAAUAAGGACGAGCAUCGCCAAUGAAGCUCUCAACUGCUCCUUUAGUGGUCUCACUGUCGAAGCUGUAAACUGGACGAGAAAUGGACGACAUAUAAAAGAAGAUUUCAACAAAACUUGGUCAGCAGUACCUAUUAACAGCAGUUCCCAUGACCAGGUUAUUGGGAAGUUCAAGUGUACCGCAAAGCGAGGUCAUAACUUGUAUUCAUGCUCGGCUAAUCCAAGUAAGUUGAAAUUUGAAGAUAAAUUGCAGUAAUCUUCAUUAAAAAAAUUUCGCAGUUUCUGGAUGAUAAGCUCAAAUCCCCCGGCUAGUUCUUUAUAACCAGCCUCUCUUCUAGAUCUUUUGCAAAGUUGGAAGGUGUACAGUCAAUAUACAAUCGAGACGUUGAGUUAUUGCCAAUAAUAGGAACUUAGUCCAGGCAGCGGCGCGCAGCGCAGCGCGCCAGCGAAGGAUCAAUCUAGGUUUCUGGGAAACUGCCCUAAGCCAACAUUUCGGCCCUCAGUGAGAAGUAAGUGAUAAUGUUGACAUAGGGGAGGGGUGGGUGGUCAGUCUCCUUAGAAACCUAAAUUGAUCCAAAAAGAAUUUCUAGAAAAAAUGCACAAAUACGCAAUUCAUAUUACUCGGUGGAUGUCGAGUGAUACUUUUUGAGGAGUAUGAUGUGCAAUGAUAAAGGGUAGGAGGAAGUAGGGUUUUUAAGAACUUAGAAAUAUUUAGAAUUGAAUUCGGCUUUCAUAUGAUAUGGGCCGAGAUGAUCUUCUAUUAAUUCAAAGGCGGAGUAGCUAAAUUUCUUACUAAAACUGAACGGAAGAAAAAGAUAUUGCUUGUUGGAAUUUAUCUACUCCUUUUUGAUAAGCACCUACAAAAGAAAUGUUUUCAUACUGAAACCGUGUCGAGAAAGUCUAUAGUUUUCAAGGAAGUCAGCUCCAUGAAGAUAAACUUGAUAAAGACUUAAAAAUAUUUCGAAUGGCAGGCUGUUAUGCAUUAUCAUCAAUAAUAAUAUUGUUAAACCAGACCGAGUUCAUAGAACUGCGCAGUUCUUCCCUUCUGUUCUUCCCCGUCGGCUUCUUUUUUUCUUCCUAUUCUUUCCUGACAUUAAAUCCCGCUUCAAAGGAUGCACCACAUGGGCUUUUUUUUAUUUCAUUGAUAAAUUUAUUAUAAUUUUUUAAGGUAAACCGACCUUACAGGCCUUGCCUUCCGUUAAAAAAGUGGAAAAAGGACUUUCCACAGAGGUGGUUUGUAAAGCAAGUGGAUGGCCCGCACCUCGUCUUUCCUGGUGGAAAAAUGGAGUAGAGAUUCAUCAUGGUUAUUACCAUAACUCAUACGCCAUCUAUCCCUCCAGUAGAGGGCCAAAUGUUAACACGCUAAGUAUGAGGUUAAUUAUAGCUUCAAAUCACCAUCAUGGGACCUACACAUGUCGCGCCCACAACCUGUUUGGUACCUCCACACAAGAUAUCAACAUCAUGAUAAAACGUAAGUAAAGAUUUGCCGUUCAUAAUUAUUUUGUAAGGAACGUGGAACGAACAAGUUUUCUUAAGAAGAAGAGAGAAUAAAUGAACCUUGUGUUGGACCGUUGAGCAGAAAUUAAUGCCAUUCUCUCAGCGUAACGUAACAGACGAGUACAGCUCCUUAUGCUGAACUAGGGAGGAGGGUUGUUGAUGUCCAGAGACUAGCUUCUUAAAUUAUGACUGUUUUUAAAAGGGCCAUGUUAUAACUACUCCAUCUUUUAAAAAAGCUAAAAUGUGCCUUCAUAUCAGCUGCAUUACAAAAAUAAUGGCCCAGUUUUGCUAUUUAAGACUAUCUUUAGGCAGAGAAACUGUUUCCUGUCGUCUUUUGCAACGGAUUGCAAGGAUCAGCAAUGGAUUGAAACAUGGCCGAAAAAUUAGCCCAACUUUUUUCACGUUUGUAUGCUAAGCCUGUAAAAAAGCAACAAUUAAAAAUAUCAAGGUUAACACUGCUCGCUGAUUAAAUGGGUCUAAGUAAUGACAUCAGCACGGAAUUAACAUAGAACAGCAAUACCCUCGUGACAUAGUCCGAUCCCUUUAAGACGAGAAGGAAAAGGGGGAGUGCUGGCGUUGUAAAGAUACACGAUUUUCUUAUCUGAUUAAUUUCUUGGUAGUGGUCACAGAAGAAAUCUUCCUACCCAAUGAUUUGGACCAGUUUGCUGCUGUAGCAUUGGAAGGCAAGAACACCACAUUAGAAUGCACUUGCAAACCGAAUAAAUGUAAUGAGGACAGUGCUUAUGUUUACUGGAAAUUCAAAAAUCAUUACGUUAAUCAAUCAGCAAGGACCAUGAUAUCUAAGAGAGGUCUGGACAACGGCCCGGUUAAGAUUGUGCUGACCAUACUCAACCUUUCGAAGGCUGACGAGGGGGAAUACUUGUGUGGAAUAAACACCACUCAGGGAUUUACAGAAAAGCAAUCAAAGCUGCAUGUCUUAAAAAAAGGUAGGAUAUUUUUCUUUUUAUUACAAAAAAAUAAAAUAAAAUAAUGAUUUUAUCAAAAAACGAUUUUUUCAAAAACGUCUUUUGCACUUAGAUGUAGAGUCUUUACCUUGUUGGUCCCUAAAAAAAAAUUUGCUUAGUUGGUCUUCAUAAAUUAUGUAAAACGUUUUUUUAAUCUUGGCAAAAGCUCACGAUUGUAGUGAUAUUUUUGGAUAAAGUCAAUGUGCGGUACCAAAUAGCUUAUUUACGUAUAUAAGAUCAUACAACGACUUUCGGUUUUAAUUUUCUGAUAAAUGGGAUGAUUAACAAGCAAAUCAAUCACGGUCAGAUCUCACUCAGAAAAGUUUAAAUCUCUUCGCAGGUUCUUUCCCUUCCGUUCAGCCAAAGAACGUUUCUGUAAAGCUUCAUACUUCUGCGACACUAUCAUGCACAGUCAUCUAUCCUAAUGCCCUUACGAAUACAUCACCAUUUAUUUACUGGAAAGUCAACCACACAUUAAUUACAGACAGUUCUAAGGAUUACAAAAUGAGAGAUGACAUACCGCGCAAUCAUCCCAGUUUGCCUAACACAAAAAGAAAACUCCUCAGGCUUGAUUUCUUUAACGUCAGCAUGCAGGAUUUGGGUUGUUAUUAUUCCUGUGGGAUGAAAUUCAAUAAAGAUGUUUUGGUCGAGGCAACAAAAAUCUGCCUGCUCCUCCCGGCCAAGGAAGAAGCAUCA